ACCAGUGAUGCUGGGUCAUGUGACUGUGUUCUGGUUUUUACAGCCGGUCCCAUCAGAACCAGUUAGUUGCUGUGACUGGGAGAGAGAGAGAGAGACAUGGGUCCAUCAGCGCUGGGCUGGCUGCUGGUCAUCAUCACCGUCCACUCUGCAGGUGGAUUUCUGAGUUAUGGAGUGGAUCGUUGUGUCUUUAACUCCUCUGAGCUGAAGGACAUCGAGUUCAUCAGGUCCAACUAUUACAACAAGCUGGAGCUGUACAGGUUCAGCAGCAGUUUGGGCAGGUUUGUUGGAUACACAGAGUACGGAGUGAAGCAGGCCGAGUACUUCAACAGCGACCCGUCAAUUAUUGGAGCAAUGAAAGCUCAGAGGGAGGCCUACUGUCUGAACAACGUCGGUAUCGACUACCAGGUGGCUCUGGAUAAAUCAGUCGCCCCCACAGUCAGCCUGUUCUCCUCGACGCCCCCUGCUGGCCACCACCCCUCCAUGCUGGUCUGCAGAGUUUAUGAUUUCUACCCUAAAACCAUCAAAGUCCACUGGCUGAGAGACGGACAGGAAGUGACAUCAGACGUCACCACCACUGACGAGAUGGAGGACGGAGACUGGUACUACCAGGUCCACUCUACGCUGGAGUACACGCCCAGGUGGGGAGAGCGGAUCUCCUGCAGGGUGGAACACGCCAGCCUGAAGGAGCCUCUGGUCACCGACUGGGACCCGUCCAUGCCGGACUCAGACAGGAACAAACUGGCCAUCGGAGCUUCAGGACUGAUCCUGGGUCUGAUCCUGUCUCUGGCUGGAUUCAUCUACUACAAGAGGAAGGCCAGAGGUCGCAUUCUGGUUCCGACCAGCUGAGCCCGGAUGGAGGUUCUGGUUCCUCCUGCUUCCUGCUGAACUGGACCAUCUGACCCAGAACCAGAACGUCUCAGAGGAGGAUCCAGUUCUCCAUGUGGCCCGGUUCUGGUUCUGGUGGCCCGGCUGCUUCUCUUCCUCUAAUCAUCUUCAUCAAUAAUCACAUUUUAUUCUUUGAUGUUUGGAAAUAAAAUCAAUAAACCAUCAGAA